AGUACCCGUAUGUCCCCUGUAGUGUGUGUGACCUGUCUCUGGCCUUGGCGUGCAAGCGUGUGCUAGUCCGGUGAACUCUGUUAAGUGUAACUAGUUUCGUCUCCUACUAGAAGUGGGAGCUGGUGGAGCAGAGUUUAGCCACGAUGCUGACAUGUAGGGCCGCCUGGAGGAAGCUCGCCCCCCUCGCGAGAGACUCCUGCAGUCUGAGCCGGCAGACUGCAAGACGAGCAGGGUUGAUCAAUGGCAGGACGCCGUGGCGUGUUCCCGCGGCUCAGAUGUCCACCGGGCCGAUGGGCGGAGACAACAUGAAGUACGCCGCGAUGGUGGGAGCCGCAUGUGUUGCUGGCAUCGCAUAUGCAGUCGUAACCAUAAGGGGAGACCAGCGACGAUAUCAGGAACGUAUAGAAGAGAUUUCAUCCAGACCAGAAAAAGCUAAAACACUAGCUGCUACACCCGCCGGAGAAUCCCCCGAGAAAAAGGCCGAACCAGCGUCGAAGGAACAGUCAGCCAGUGAAACAACAAAACCCCCUCCAGCAGAUGAGCCCGUGGUAGAAUCGCUACCAGAAGAGGCGGCAACCGCAGCUGCCGUGCCUGUAGUUGAGGAGGAACCACUAGCACCCUCUGAGCCGCCCCCCGCAGCGCUUUCAGAGCCAGAACCAGAACCAGAGCCAGAGCCGGCUGUGGAGAGCGAAGCAGCAGCAGCACCGGCCGCAGCAGAGCCCCCCGAGCCUCAGCCGGACCUUGUUGUAGCGAGUGAAACAGCCGGCACACACACCCCCUACCUCCUGAUCGGUGGCGGUACGGCCUCUUUCGCUGCCGCCAGGUCUAUUCGAGCCAGAGACCCCGGUGCCAAGGUGCUGAUUGUGACUGAUGAGCCAGACCUUCCCUACAUGAGACCCCCCCUCUCCAAAGAGCUGUGGUUCUCCGAUGACCCCAGUGUGACGGAAACGCUGCGCUUCAAACAGUGGAACGGCAAAGAGAGGAGCAUCUACUUCCAGCCGCCGUCGUUCUACGUUAAUCCAGAAGAUUUGCACAAAGCAGAAAAUGGAGGCGUGUCUGUCCUCACCAGCAGGAAGGUGGUUCACAUGGACGUGAGGGGAAACAAAGUGAAGCUGGACGAUGAUACGGAGAUCUCGUAUGACAAGUGUUUGAUCGCUACAGGUGGUAUUCCAAGAAACCUGCAAGUCGUUGAAAGAGCGGGCGAGGAAGUGAAGAAGAGGACAACUCUGUUCCGCAAGAUCGAGGACUUCAAAUCCCUGGACCACGUCUCCAGGCACGCCAAGUCCAUCACCAUCAUCGGAGGAGGCUUCCUCGGCAGCGAGCUGGCCUGUGCCCUCGGACGGAAAUCGACGGAGUCGGGGUUGGAGGUGAUACAAAUGUACCCAGAGAAGGGGAACAUGGGAAAGGUCCUGCCUGAAUAUCUGAGCAACUGGACGACAGAGAAAGUCAAGACAGAGGGUGUGAAGGUCAUCACUGAAGCGCUGGUGAAGUCUGUGACCUUCAAAGAUGAGAAGCUGGAAAUCCGGCUGAAAGACGGCCGAGUGGUGAAAACGGAUCACAUCGUCGCCGCCGUCGGCCUGGAGCCCAACGUAGACCUCGCCAAGUCCGCAGGUCUGGAGGUGGACUCAGACUUUGGAGGCUUUCGGGUCAACGCGGAGCUGCAAGCUCGCUCCAAUAUUUGGGUGGCAGGAGAUGCAGCGUGUUUCUACGACAUCAGACUGGGCCGCCGGCGAGUGGAGCAUCACGAUCACGCCGUUGUGAGCGGCAGACUAGCAGGCGAGAACAUGACGGGAGCCAGCAAACCUUACUGGCAUCAGUCCAUGUUCUGGAGCGACCUGGGCCCCGACGUCGGCUACGAGGCGAUCGGCAUCGUUGACAGCAGCCUGCCGACAGUAGGAGUGUUUGCCAAAGCCACCGCCAAGGACACACCGAAAGCUGCUACUGAGAAGUCUGGAACCGGCAUCCGCUCGGAGAGUGAAACGGAGGACACCGCCACCACCGCCGUGGCCUCGGCAGCGCCGGCGCCACCGCCGCCGCCCGCCCAGCAAAAGGACGACUAUGGCAAAGGUGUCAUCUUCUACCUGAGAGACAAAGUGGUGGUGGGCAUAAUCCUGUGGAACGUAUUCAACAGAAUGCCCAUCGCAAGGAAGAUCAUCAAGGACGGGGAGGAGCACGCAGAUCUGAAUGAAGUGGCCAAGCUGUUCAACAUCCACGAGGAUUAAGACGUUGGAGGCUCGCUCAGGACAGCGAGCGUCGCUUCAUGCGAAGACUGAACUCUGGCAGUGAUUGCCAUUUUCAAUGAGUCACGACUGGUCAUUCAAACCAAAUGGGAGCAUCAGUGUAAAUUAAAUUAUGUUGUUCAAUAUUUGUUCAAAUAUUUUCAUAUUUGCAGUUUGUAUCUGCUGCACUUGUUUUUUUUUUGUGGGGGUGGGUGUUAAUUUCUGCACCAGAAGUCACCGUCUCAUCUUCCUCCCACCCCCCCCCCCUUUCCUGCGUGAUUGUCUCCGCUUUGCCUCACCAGACUCAAGUGUUCCCCUCCGUGUGAAUCAGAGCAGCUUCUUCCAAGAAAAGCUGCAAUAAAAGAUAUUUUUAAAUUGGA